AUGGACCUCGAAACUACUCCACUUCAAACAGAACCUUCGAUUUUUUCCAAACCGAAAAACUUUCGCCUAUCAUACAUUAUCAUCACAUUAUUAGUGGGGUUUAGUAUAACCUAUAUUUACUUGAAAAGUUUUCAUUAUCGCUACAUAUUACCAAAAUUAAAUUUGGUCGAAACAACUAACAACAUAGAGUAUUAUCGGAAAACGAAGUUGAGCGCUGCUAGUUUGGAAUACUUUGAUGACGUUAAUAGUAUUUCGGGUACCAGUGGAUCAGGAAUUCCAAAGAAAAUACGAGCAACUCUCACAGAUAAAUAUGGUGGUGUGGAUGCGCAAGCUACUACUUUCUAUGGUGCCGAAAAAGCCGUUAAACAGCUUGAACAAGAAUGUGGUUGGAACUCGAACACAUCGAAUUUCGUUCAUCCAGAAUGCAUGAAUCAGUUUCAUUUUAUUCGAAAGAAAUCACAAUUUAAUCUAAGCAACUAUUAUAAUGACGUCGAUAUUGUAAUACCAUCUAUUCGAGAUCUUGAUUUUCUCGAAGAUUGGAAACCUUUUUUCCAACACUUUCAUUUGAUCAUCAUUCAAGAUGGCGAUCCAGAAAAAUUUUUACGAAUUCCAUCAUGGGCUGACUAUGAACUAUACAAUCGACGUGAUAUAGAGACAGCUUUAGGCAAAGAUAAGCAAUGGAUCAUCAGUACACAAGAUGCAUCGAUUCGAAACUUUGGAUUUCUAGUUUCGAAUAAAACUUUCAUUUAUACCAUCGACGAUGACUGUUUACCAGCUAAGGACGCGAACGGAAGUCACAUUAAUGUUUUAUCGAGACAUAUUCAGAAUCUAGUUACGAACUCAACUCCAUAUUUUUUCAAUACAUUGUAUGAUCCAUAUCGUGAUGGUGCAGAUUUCGUUCGUGGAUAUCCGUAUAGUUUGAGAAGAGGUGUACCGACGGCGAUUUCUCAUGGCAUCUGGUUGAAUGCUCCAGACUAUGAUGCACCGACUCAAUUACUCAAAGUCGACGAACGUAAUACACUUCUCGCCGACAUAACUGUAACCGUGCCUGCUGGUGUUCUAUAUCCAAUGUGUUCUAUGAACGUAGCUUUCAAUCGUGAAUUAAUUGGACCAGCUUUCAUGCAAGGCCUAUCUGGUAUCGGUAUGCCAUGGGCUCGAUACGAUGAUAUGUUUGCUGGUUGGGCAAGUAAGGUGGUGGCAGAUCAUCUUGGUCUUGGUGUAAAAACUGGAGCACCCUAUGUGAGACAUAAUAAAGCAUCGAAUCCAUUCACGAACCUAAAGAAAGAAUAUAUGGGACUCUUUUGGCAAGAAGAUAUCAUUGAUUUCUUUCAGCGAGUACGUUUCUCAUCGUCUGCUACAACACCACAAGCCUGUUAUUUGGAGUUGUCUCAGAUGAUUCGUAAGAAUUUAAGCCGUCUGAAUGAAUACUUUGGUCGACUUGCUCGAGCGAUGGAAAUCUGGAUUGAACAAUGGAAUCGAGCUCAACGAAGUAAAAGUCAUUUUCAACCCAGUCGGAAAAAUCGUCGAAAGACUUCACGCGGUCGAUUCGCUGUACUCACCAUUUGUCGAACGGAGCCUGGCUAUUUACCCAUUUGGCUUAAAUAUUACCGUCAGUAUUUUCCUGAUGAGGAUAUUUAUAUUUUAGACAACGAUAGUAGCGAUGGAUCGACAUCAAGAUUGACAGUAAACGUAAUUCGUGUCCACUCCGACGCGUAUUUUGAUCACUAUUGGUUGAUUGAAACUGUUCAAAAUCAGGUGCAAGAAUUGUUGAAAAGUGGAUACAAGUACGUUUUGUUUACUGAAAUUGACGAAAUGGUUGUGCCUGAUCCGUUAAAAUAUCCGCUUGGUUUGUAUGAUUACAUCAAUAGAACAAAUCAGUCAAUUGUUCGUGUUAAAGCAUACGAUGUACGUCACAAUGUGGCUUUGGAGCCGAAACUGAAACUGAAUGAGUCAAUUCUUCAACAACGUCGCUUUCGAAUGCGACACAGCAUGUAUGAUAAACCUCUCUUGACAAAUCGACCGGUACAUUGGCAACCUGGGUUCCACACUUGUCAGGAAUCUUCAAUUCAGGAUGAGAAUCUUUUAUUGUUUCAUUUGCAACGUAUGGAUCAUGAUUUUUACAUGCAACGUACUGAUUGGAAAAGUCGACAGAAUCUCAAAAUGGAGGACAUAAAGAAAGGUAUGGGUGUGCAACAUGCAUUUCGUGGUGAACAAGCUGAACAUUUCUUCGCUACGAUUGUUGGUGAAAUUUCUGAUAUCCCGACACAUUUUCGAUCUCCCGCUGUCUUCUAA